AUGUUCUCCCCGGUGGAUCCAGUUUUGCUACCAAUAUUUAGUAGCCCAUGGCCCACUUUAAUUAUUCUAUCGAGCUAUCUGCUCUUCGUCCUAAAAGUGGGCCCCAAGCUCAUGAAGAAUCGUGAGCCCUUUGAUCUGCGUGGAGUAAUUAAGGUCUACAAUAUAUUUCAAAUCGUCUACAACAGUUGGAUGUUUUUAUACACAAUUCACUUUUUGUUUGUCUUGAGGGCCUACGACUUGGGCUGUAUGAAUACUCUUCCACUGGACCACGAGCACAAGGAUAGAGAGCGGUACUUUAGUAACCUAUAUUUGAUUAACAAGUUCAUCGACUUGGUGGAAACGGUAUUUUUCAUUCUGCGGAAGAAGGACCGGCAGAUAUCCGUACUGCAUGUCUUCCAUCACGUUAGCAUGCCCUUUGCUGUAUAUAUUGGUAUCAUAUAUAAUGGCUACGGUGGCAUAGCUACGUCUUAUUGCCUAAUGAACGUUAUGGUACACGUGUUAAUGUACACCUACUACUAUCUUUCGUCUGUAAGCGAAUCUGUGCAGAAGAGCCUGUGGUGGAAAAAGUACAUCACAAUCUCCCAAAUGGUGCAAUUCGCCAUCAUUCUAGCCUGUAUCACUUACUCGUUAUCCCAGCCCGACUGCACUGUCCCCAAGGUGACGUCAUACUUGUCUGGAAUACUAGCUUUCUCCUUCCUGAUGUUGUUCACUAACUUUUACGUGAGAACCUAUGUGCUUGCCGACCGCAAACGUCGUGAUUAGCCAAUCGAACUGUAUGGUUGUAAAAAUAUAUUUAAGUUUCUUUUUGAAGCAAAUAUACAUAUUUAAAACAGGGGA